AUGGGAGAAACUACUUUAGAAGUACUAAGGGCAAUAGAGUUCUUGGAUCUGAGGUUGGUGAAUGGCAAUGACUGUGCUGGACGGCUAGAAGUUUUCUACAAUGGAACAUGGGGGAGCAUUUGUUCCAAUCAUAUGUCUCAACUGACUGCAAUAACUGUGUGCAAACACCUGAACUGUGGAGGUGGUGGGGAAAUUGAAAAAGAUUUCAAAUACGGCAAAGGUUCUGGGCCCAUGUGGUUGGACCACAUUGAGUGCAAUGAGCAUCACAGCUCUUUCUGGCAAUGUCAGUCAGACCCCUGGGAUCCUCAGUCAUGUGAUAACCGAGCAGAAGAGACCCAUAUUUCAUGUACUGGAAGAAAAGGGACAGCAACUCCAGCCACAUCUGCUGAGUGUCCAAAUUCUACAAGUUGCUCAGACAGGGAGAAGUUACGUGUCGUAGGAGGAGAGGAUGUGUGCUCAGGCAGAGUGGAGAUUUGGAACCAGGGUUCUUGGGGAACAAUCUGUGAUGAUUCCUGGGAUAUAGCAGAUGCUAAUGUAGUAUGCAGACAGCUGGGUUGUGGGUCUGCUGUGUCUGCUCUGAGUGAAGCUGCCUUUGGAGAAGGGACUGGUCCCAUCUGGUUGGAGAAGAUUCACUGUAAAGGAACAGAACUGUCUCUCUGGGACUGUCCUUCCAAGCCAUUGUUUGGCAAAAACUGUGAUCAUAAGGAGGACGCUGCUGUGGAUUGCUCAGGUGUGACAGAAACAACAGCAUCAUCCACUAGAGCAGAUCUUCCCCACCAACCAGAGACACAAAACGUGAGAAUUUCAGCGCCUGUCAUCCUUUGUGUUAUUCUGGGGGCCCUUCUCUGCCUGGUCCUUGCCAUUCUCACUGGACAGAUCCGAAGUGCCAGGGCACAGAAGAGAGGCUCCAAAGUAUCAUAUGACCCUUUUUCUGAGGCUGUCUAUGAGGACAUUGACUAUAAUCUGAUGAGAGAAAAGCAGGGGAUGACUCACCUCUCAGUUAAUUCCAGUAUUGUUCCAGAGGUCCCACUACUGUCUGGAAAUACCCUGGAAGAUGGUUAUGAUGAUGUGACAGAAGCUCCUGGACCUAAAGAUGCUUCCCUUCCAGGGAAGAAUGACCAAGAAAUCAUUGGAGUUCUGGACAAAAGUGAUGGAAACAGGUAUUCAUGGACAGACUCUAACGUGUCAAGAAACAGGACCUCUGAGACUCAAAGAGAAUCAUCCCCUGCUCUUGAAGACACAGUUUAUGAUGACAUUGAAGAGAAGUGACACUGAUCAAGAUCACUGAGCAGUACAGAGCACUUUUGGAAGUAUUCCACUGUUCAUAAAAUGCUAAUCAUGUACUAGCAGAACCAGAACAACCUGCAUUUAGAAUUAGUUUUCAUAAGUUUGGUUUAUUUGCAGAGAAGUGAUGACAUAUUUAGAAGAAAAACAAGCAUUAGCUUGUUUAGACAGUUUUUUAAGUUUCUCUUAACUACCUGGGCACUUUUUUAUUAUUAAUAUUUCUAAACAGUUUCAUUGCUUCUUUCUCUUUUUUUUUUUUUUUUUUAAACUGAAGUAUUUUUUAAACCAUGAUAUUUUCUUAUUAAAACUGUUUAACGAUCUUUUCUCAAAUGUAUGUUUCUCC